AAGCAAGCCACCCUAUGAUUCAUGGUCCAAAGGAAGUGACAUCACUUCCUGUAGCUGCAGUAGAAGAGGAAGUGAGGGAUGUGCCUCUGACUGCCUUUGAUGACAAUGAUGGUAGACAGUCUGGUUCAGGCGGCAUGUGUCAAAAUCUCGGACAUCUUGAAUAUGAGAUCACCAGUGAUGAUGGCUUCAGUUGUAGAAGUGAUUCUCUUGAUGGGGCAUGGAAACAAGUAACAGAGAAAGUACAAGACGCCCGUACAGCCAGUAGACUGAAACAUCUCAGCUAUGCUGGAUUGACAGGUGUACAGAUGUUUGGGUUAAGUCACCCCAGUGUUGUUUACCUAAUUGAGCAGCUAUAUGGAGCUAGUUACUGCCGCAGAUACAAAUUCAAGUAUCACCGACAUGAAAUGGUAGAAAGGGAACUGGAAUUAGUGAAUCCCUCUGGUUGUAUAAGAACGGAGCCGUUCAGUGGCCGCAAUCCGACAGAUAUGUUCAGUUUCCUGAUGUCACGGUACCGUACGUUACCAGAAUAUUGUGGUAGAGACAUUAACGAGGAAAUAGCCAUGAAAUCUUCACGGAGAGCAACCAGCAUGGAUCUACCAAUGGCAAUGAGGUUUAGAAAGUUAAAGGGCUUUUCGAAGGAGUGCGUUGGUGUAUACAGAUCAACCAUACAUGGACGUGGCUUGUUUUGUAAGAGAAGUAUAGAUGCAGGAGAGAUGAUAAUUGAGUAUGCAGGGGAGGUGAUCAGAAACAGUAUGACCGACAUACGAGAAAAAUACUACGAGAGCAAGGGUAUAGGAUGUUACAUGUUCCGUAUAGAUGAUACAGAUGUUGUGGAUGCUACAAUGAAAGGAAGUGCUGCCAGAUUCAUCAACCAUUCUUGUGAUCCUAAUUGUUACUCUAAGGUGAUAACUGUUGACAAUAGAAAACACAUUGUGAUAUUUGCCAUGAGGAAAAUUUUACGUGGAGAGGAGCUAACAUACGACUAUAAAUUUCCUAUUGAGGAGAUCAAGAUACCUUGUACAUGUGGUGCUAAACGAUGUAGAAGAUAUCUCAACUAGAUGUGACAUAAUUAUACUCUCGGAAUACGACAAAAUUACACUACAGUAUUGGAAUACCCUUUUGCCUGCAGUAUUUUUAAAAUGGAUUUGUCCAGUUUCCAGUUUUAGAAGCGGUUUGUUAUCUGUUUAAGGACCAUUAAGAUAAGAUGGAAAUUUGAAAUUGAUAAGCCAACAGUAUAGAUAGAGCCUGGUCACAGUAUAGACUGCACAGCAGUGCAGGCUAGCUUGGCUCUAUACUGGUGAUAAAGUCUUAUCAAUUUUGGUUUGUGCAGGAUAAAGGCUAUCUAUGCCUUAUUACACAAAUGAUAAGUAAGAAAGAUUUGAAGAAAAGUCCUUCAGAGGAUUUGAUUUCUUUCACAACCAGACUUUGUUAUGAAAUUCAGAGCCAGUCUGAUUUUGGUUUAUGCAGGUGACAAUAAAGACGCUUCAGUUGAACUGUCAAGCACCCAGAUCAAGCGUUGCUAUGGAGAUACUUUUAUAUAAUUACUACAAAUGAAAUUCAUACAUCUGUUUACAGCUUGAAUAAAAAUACCAAUGAUUGGGAGAGAGAGGGAAAAAAAACUAGAAUGAACAAUCAGGUCUGUUUUAAAAUCAGCUAUUUUUACGCCAGUCCUUCAUUUGGGUAGCAGCUAUUAGAGUGAAAGAAACGAAAUUAAGGAUUUAAAAAAAAAAAAUCCACAAAAAAAAUUUAUUUGUAUAAUUGAACACUUCUGAUAUCUUGUCCAGAAGAAUAAGUAACACGUUAUUGAAAUCAAUAUUUACAAAAUAUUAUGUUGAAUUCAUUAUAUAGUUUUCAGUUGAAGUUGAAACCAUGAAAUUGUGAAUAUACUGUUACAAUUACGGUUUUUCUUAAUAUCUGUGAGAAAAUUAUUUGUGAUUUUUUAUUAUAUAUGCAAACUGUUAACUGUUUAUUGAACAAGAACUUUUAGUUCCAAAAUUAUUGUGUUCAUCUAUUUAUGUUAUGUGUUUGAUACAUACUUUGAAAUAUUGCAUUUAUAGUCAUUUUGUACAAAAAAAGAAAAGAAAAUUGUUGUUGAAGGUUUGGGCAGCCAAAGCUCUUUUAGUGUUUUUGAUGCACUUUGCUUGCAGUCGGACGGGUCAAUUUUUGUUUUGUGUCUAUCGGUCAAUUAACUUAGUUACGGAAUAAAUUGUUUUACUUUUUCACGACAUUGUGGUCAAUUUCAUAUUUAAAAUCUUAAGUGUACAUGUAAUCCGUUAUUUAAAGUCUUUAAAAGAUUUUAAUAGGUAUCAAUAUGAAACAUGCUUAUCAUGACAAGGUUCAAUUGAAAGACAUUGGCCAUGAUUCUGAAAGCUACAUUAUUGGAAGUUAUGCCCCUUUUAAAAUUUUAACAAAUAUUGUGUUCAAAAUUGGCCUUUGAUAGUCCUUGCCCUUAACAGAUUGAGCUCCUGUUUAAUGGAUGGCCUUAUUCAGGAAUGUAUUAGUACAACAAGUAGAUUUAUUGCUAAAAUAAUAUAUGAACUAUCCUCAAUUUAUCUCAAGUCUUUCAUGACUAUAGUUUUGUAUAAAUGGCAAACCUUCCUGCCAAAUAAUUUUACAUUUUUUUUCAUUGUAGAUAACGGUCCAAACCUCUAUGUGUAUAUUAUAAAAUGGUGGCGUUGUGCAAACAUUUGUAAAAUUUGUACUUUGUAUUUAAAAAGAAAGAGUAUUACUUUAUAUAGGGCUAUGAAGAUACAUUUAUUUAAUUGUAAUUUAGUAUGACAAUUUAGUAUGUUCUGUCAAUUGAAUCAGCAGCAGGAUUCAGCCUGGGGAAUAGUGGAAGUAUUCAUGUUAAGAUGAUCAAACCCUUAACCUUUGCUUAAUGCUCUUGUGAUAUGUGUGUGAAUAAUUCUUGGCUCUUUUGAUGUCCUAAUUUAACCACUGCAUUGAGUAGGUAGUGUGUAAUAGGUCAGAAAUUUAAAACUUUGCUCACUUUUCAAAAUGUCUCCGUGCAGGGGUGGGUAACAAUUCAAUUAACUCUUGUAUGAUAUAAAAGCUUGUCUUAUUUUCGCAAUUAAAUAAAUUGGAACAUAAGUUGUGAUAUAUCAUUUAUAGUGUGAUAAUGUUAAUGUGUGGUUGUGUUUUUUCCUUUAAAACGGCACACAUUCAGAUAAAUUGAACGAUGUUAAAUAACUUUGAUUUGUACACCUAACAAUAUUCUUAUCCAAUAAAACAUGUUUUGAAUUUUUAUGAAAUCUGGAGACGUGCCGCUUUAACAACUUUCUAACAAGAAAGUAAAGUGCUGAUGGACGUUUUUGUUUUAGAAUAAAGAUAUUAUUUUGAUAAAUCUCGUUUAUGGGUGCUGUUACUGUAGUCAUAUAAAUACCACCUAUGUGUGUUCUUAUUUUUAUUAUGUUUGUGUCAUUGUUUAAGUUUGUCCUGUUUAACUUUACAUUCAGAGCAUUUUCAUUUGUACUUCCUAUUAUUUAAUUUGCUAUUCUGUUUUUUUACAUUGAUACUUUCUGUAUUUGUUUUUUGUUUGUUUUUAGCUGGACUAUUUGAGGAAUAGGAAGUGCUAUUGUACUCAUUGGCGCCAGUUUCAACAUUGUCAUUCUUCAGUUGAGUUUUUGCUUGCACAUUGGUAUCUCUACUGCAGGGAAUGGGUUAAAAUUCCACACACUUUUUCACUGUGAUAAUCUUACAAAAUGGACGUAGGUCCAAUAACUGUGAGUUGACUAUCGACAGAGUUAUGCCCAUUUUCAUAAUGUCAAGCACUGAGAAUAGUUGAGUGCGCUGUUUAACAGACUGCUCGUGUUUUUGCUGAUCUUAAAUGAUAACGUUGUUGACCAAAAAAUGUCAUUAUGAUACAGAAUAGGCACUUUCCACCCCCUCUCCCCUUAAAAAAAAAAGCUAUGUGUUUGUCUGUCCUGAAAAAUUAGCAGUUAAUCCUUUUGACAAUGCCUUACAUUAGUCUUGAACAUAAUUGAUAAAAACCAUGAAAAGGUUAUGUUUUUCAAAUUUUGAUCUUUGUGUUAAUUGAAAUAAAAAGGUGUUUUGAUAUGUUGGAUUUUAAAGUUUCAAUUUUUGUAUUAUGUAAGAUAAAUAUGGGUAUAAUCAUAAGGUUAUGUAAAAUAAUGAUUUUUUUUUUUACAUUAAAUGAAUUAACAGACAAAUACUGCGUGUAUUGUUUAUGUGUGUUUUGUUGUCAUGGAUACAUGUUGAAAAUCAUAAGUUUAUUUGUUAAAGUGACCUUACAUUGAAUGUUUCAUAUGCAAAACUUGUAAAUAUCAUUUCUAUAACCUGUAUAUGUAAGUUGUUAUAAAUAUAAAAAUUAUCCCAACUCCUCACCCACCCAUGUUGUUCAAGGUUUGAUUUGACCAUCUAUGUACAUACUGUAAAUAGAUAUAUCUGUUAUACAUAUUUUGAUUCUACUAUAUAAAAGGCAGCUGUUUUGUAAUAUGUUAAUAAUGAGCUUAUGUUUUCUUAUAUAAUAAUGAUUGACUGCUUAUAUGAUACACUGUCUCUGUCACUGCAGUUUGAAAGUUUCUUUAUCUAAAAUGUCAUUGCUUCAGUGGUAAAAAUCAUAACUGGAUAGCUGAUGAAUUUCUUAAAUGGACUUGUCCAGCUUACGUUAUUUUGAACU